UUCUUCCGCUUGGCUCUUCCACCGCGGGGCUGAAUGGCCGACCCCGGUGCGGCGGGUGUGGAGGAGGAGGAGGUGGCUGCUCGGCGCCGCGAGCCCAGGUGACUCGUCCUCCUCCAGCCUGAACCCCUCGGCCCGGGCUCGCGCGGGAGGAGCGGGCCUGUGAGGGGAGCGGCGACCCCGCCGGCCUGAGCUCUUUCCCUGGCGGCCGCGGCUCCUUCCCUGGGACAAUAUGUUCAAGAGAAUGGCGGAAUUUGGGCCUGACUCCGGCGGGAGAGUGAAGGGUGUUACCAUCGUUAAGCCAAUAGUUUACGGUAACGUUGCCCGGUAUUUUGGGAAGAAAAGAGAAGAAGAUGGGCACACCCACCAGUGGACAGUGUACGUAAAGCCGUAUCGAAAUGAGGAUAUGUCAGCAUAUGUGAAGAAAAUCCAGUUUAAAUUACAUGAAAGCUAUGGCAAUCCUUUAAGAGUUGUUACUAAGCCUCCGUAUGAAAUUACUGAAACAGGAUGGGGUGAAUUUGAAAUAAUCAUCAAAAUAUUUUUCAUUGACCCCAACGAACGACCCGUAACUCUGUAUCACUUACUAAAGUUGUUCCAGUCUGACACCAAUGCAAUGCUGGGGAAAAAGACAGUGGUUUCCGAGUUCUACGAUGAGAUGAUAUUUCAAGACCCGACAGCAAUGAUGCAGCAACUGUUAACAACGUCGCGCCAGCUGACCUUAGGAGCCUACAAGCACGAGACAGAAUUUGCAGAACUUGAAGUGAAAACCAGAGAAAAGUUAGAAGCUGCCAAGAAAAAAACAAGCUUUGAAAUCGCAGAGCUUAAGGAGAGAUUAAAAGCAAGUCGUGAAACGAUAAAUUGUUUAAAAAAUGAAAUCCGAAAGCUUGAAGAAGACGAUCAGACGAAAGACAUAUAA